AUGGUUGGUGACUUUGUUGGAAGCUUCUUUGACGAUGAGAAGUGCACGUUGCCAAUCAAGCUCGACUCCCCUAUUUCCGAGUACUGGAAAGAGGCAGGUCAAGCCGGCUUCGACUUGGAAAGUCCUCAAGCGCCGUGGCCCCGACGCGGAACCUUCCGCAGAAAGAAGGCCGAUCAAAAGGUGUAUGCCACCUGGGACCAAGAGAAAUGGGUGGACGAACAUACUCUCCGACGUCCUACCAUCAAAGGCUUUCCGAAAGCCUUAACACCUGCUGGACUGGAGCGUGCUACGCCACGCUUUGAAGACAGGUUCGAGGAAGACGAGCCCGCGACAUUGGACCCACGACUUCCGCGCCCUGCAGGUCUACCUGAUCUGAACGAGUAUGUGGAGAGCCAGCGUGAAGAAAUGUUCGAAGAAGCAAGGAUGAAGGCCUUCGAUGGGAACUCGGGGGCAUUGGGUUCUAUAGCAGACUCGCUGUCAAAAUCGCGCAACGACGAGAUCCUGGCUUUGAGAGGUUACAAGCGUUUGAUGAAGGCGGAGCCCGAGUGGCUCGACAAGUUCCUCGAAGGUGAUGUUGAGAAGCAGGAUGCCCCAGUUGGAUAUGGAGUCGAUGAGCAGACUUUCGAGAUGGUGAAGGAGCCAAAACAUCCGGUGUGGGAGCCCACACCGCCUCCAUGGCACCCCGGCGACAUUCUGAAGAAGAUUCCGAGUUUCGAAAAGAUCUGGAAUGAGCGCAUGAAACAAGCUCUGGGAGCUGCUGCGAACUUUAGUCGCUUCUCUGGCCGGGCUGCUCGCGAAGCGCAAGACGACUUGGACCACCAGUGGCAAGAUCUCAGCAAGCCACCAGACAACUCGACGAGAGGUCUCUUGAAGAGGGCUGAGGCUGAAGCCGAAGCUGAGCGAGCUGCCGAUCCACCCAUUGUGACGGCGGCGGACGAAGCAGAGGUCAGGAUGAAUGCAAUGGCGAGCGCCAAUGUGGCUGACACAGAGGGUGCAGCAGACGAUCCGAGCGAGCAGCUCGCUGCUGUGCCAGCUUCUCCUUCGAAGGGUGCCAACACCGAGAUUCCGGAGGCGCAGAAGAUUGAUGCCAAGGAGGCCAGCCUUCCCAGAAGCACCACUGGCGUCACCAACGAUGGUACGAGCCACAACAAAUCUUCGGUGAGAAGAAGAGGCAGCGCUGCCUCGUCAAAGAAAGACUACAACGCCUUGUCCAGUGAGGACGCCUAUACAUCAAUCAACGGAUCACCCAAGGUGGACCCUGUGACGAUGAAGGCCAGUUCGGUCGCUGCAGAGAUGCUCUUCGCCACGGGACUUCUGACAGUGCCAAGACAAGCUUGGUCAUGCAACAGUGCUAUGAGUUCGUUCCUGUGA